UGGGAUUGGUCGAAUCCAGUUGGAUUUUGUCUUCAUCAUCAAAACAAGGAUCGUGUUGAUCCUUACCUCGAUUAUCGUGUGAUCAAAAAACCCUUUUAAUAAAUCCUUAAUUACGAUGGAAAUGCGCGAUAUUGAAUACAACAAGAGCUCGUACGUGGAGACGUCGCUGGGCAACAAAGUCAGCAGACAAACAAUCCUGUGCGGUUCUCAGAACAUCGUGCUUCAGGGUAAGGUGAUCGUGCAGCAGGAUUCGAUAAUCAGAGGUGAUUUGGGCAAUGUUCGCACUGGCAGGUAUUGCAUUAUAAGUAAGGAUGUUGUUAUCCGACCGGCCCACAAGAAAUUCAGCAAGGGUGUUGCCUUUUUUCCUUUAAACAUUGGUGAUCAUGUUUACAUCGGGGAGAAGUCCAUAGUCAAUGCAGCCAUGGUUGGCUCUUACGUUUAUAUUGGAAAGAAUUGUGUAAUUGGUCGACGUUGCCAGCUGAAGGAUUGCUGCGUCAUCGAGGAUAACACUGUGCUGGCGCCCGAGACGGUGGUGCCGUCCUUCACGAGGUACUCAGGGAAUCCGGGGGUGCAGGUGGACGACGUGCCCGAAUGCCAGAUGGACCUGAUGGUGGACUUCACGCGCAGCUACUACCAGCACUUCGUGCCGGAGAAGCGGUCGAAGGUAGAGUCUUAAGCUUAAGCAAGCACCUUGAUCAU